CGGUCAAAAGAAUUACCAGUUCCAUUCCCAUUCUCCAUUGGCAGCUUUCGACCAAAAUUCCUCCACGAGAUUUCCGUUUUGGUUAAGGAAGCAGCCGCGUUUGGUUUUUCACGCUUAGAAAGUUGGAAUUUUCUCACAAUUAUGGUUCAUGAUUCAUUGCACCUCAGAAUUCUUUAAUCCCCAAUCAAAGUCUUCUUCCCGUCAAAUUAUUUAUCCUCCCCUUCUACUUCUACUUCUACUUCUCUUCCGUAAGGUAGUUCAAGCGAAAUUCGAAAUCCGAUAUCGCUCUCGGUUACAGUUUCGACUCCCAUCCGCCGGCGGAUUUCGGAUUCGAGUGGAAAAUGGGCGGGGUGUGCGCCGGCGGGGUGAAGAAAGAGGGAAAUGCCAAGGCGGAGGUGAAGAAGAAGUCGGGGUUCUCCGGGAAGCUGGUGAAGUCGCAGAAGAGCAGCGGCGGGAAGGAGGUGGAGGAUUCCCGCGCGAUUGUGAACGGAGGUAAGAAGAAGACGCAGCAGCCGGAGAGGCACUAUUCCGGCGAGUUCUUGCUGUCCGUUUCGAGAGAGUUGAAGCCGUCAAAGCCGCCAGCUGGAGGAGACACGCCGGUCAAGGUUACUCACAAGACGUCCUUCCUGGGGAAAGCAGGCACAAUGGGGCUGGAGAAAACGUUAGAAGUUCUCGACACUCUAGGAAGUAGUAUGUCGAAUUUGAAUGGCCGGAGUGGGUUUGUCACUGGUAUAGCAUCCAGAGGGAACAAAAUAUCGAUACUGGCAUUUGAAGUAGCUAAUACGAUAUCUAAAGGGGGGAACUUGUUUCAGUCUCUCUCAGAGGAGAAUGUCGAAUUCCUGAAAAAGGAGAUUCUGCAUUCAGAAGGUGUUAAGCGGUUGAUUUCUACGGAUAUGAAAGAGUUGCUAGUCAUUGCUGCAGCUGACAAAAGGGAAGAAUUUGAUGUCUUCUCGCGCGAAGUAAUUCGGUUUGGAGACCUCUGUAAGGAUCCCCAAUGGCACAACCUUGGCCGAUAUUUUUCAAAAUUAGAUCCAGAGGCUUCGAUUGAUAAACAAUCAAGACAAGAAGCUGAGAGAACUGUGCAAGAGUUGACUAAUCUGGUGCAACAUACUUCUGAACUGUAUCAUGAAUUGCAUUCAUUGGACAGAUUUGAGCAAGAUUAUCAAAGAAAGGUUGAGGAGUUACAGUCCUUGCACCUCCCUCAGAAAGGAGAGAGCCUCUCAAUUUUACAUAGCGAGUUGAAAGAGCAACGGAAACUUGUCCGCAGCUUGAAAAAGAGAUCUCUGUGGUCUAAAAGUUUGGAGGAGAUCAUGGAGAAGCUUGUAGACAUUGUAACCUAUUUGCACCAGGCUAUUCUGGAAGCAUUUGGAAAUACUGGUGUCACAGUGGUUGAUAAGGUCGACAAGCUUCCAACGCUUGGAAAAGCUGGUUUAGCAUUGCAUUAUGCCAACAUGAUCACUCAGAUAGACAACAUUGCAUCUCGUCCCACUAGUCUUCCUCCAAACACAAGGGAUUCUUUGUACCAAGGAUUGCCACCCACCGUAAAAAUAUCUCUAAGGUCUCGAUUACAGAUGUUCGACGAGAAGGAAGAGCUAACAAUAGCUCAAGUGAAGGCUGAAAUGGAAAAGACCCUCCAAUGGCUUGUACCUGUUGCCGCCAACACAACCAAAGCUCACCAAGGUUUCGGCUGGGUUGGAGAAUGGGCAAAUACUGGAAGCGACUACGGCAGAGCCAGUGAAGCCACCCAAGGCAACCUGAUCCGCCUCCAGACGCUCUACCAUGCAGACAAGGAGCAAACCGACCAACACAUCCUCGAGACCGUAGCAUGGCUCCACCACCUGAUCACCCUAGUCCGACAACGCGACAAUGGUCUCCGAUCAUCCGGUGGCCAAGCCGGCCUGGCUCCAAAGUCUGCGACUUUCCGAGGACAGGAUCUCCACUCGAAGAUGCAGCGAAUCGUAUCGUUGAACGAAGCUCGAAAUCACAGCAGCCACAUCCCAAGAAUCUCUCAGGAGGACAGAGACUUGCUGGACAAGGUAAGCCGCCGGAGGAGGCUGAUCCCCGGGAUAAGUAAGAGCCAGGAGCUUUCGAAGAAGAGCGGGAGGGUUUGGGCGGCGCUGAGCAGGACGAAGAGCACCGGGAACUCACCAGUAAGGGAAAUGGGGAGGAGGAGGAAGCUGGUCCAUCAUCAAAGAGGGAAUUUGCUGGAUAUUUUGGAUGGGUUGGAUUCCAUGUAGACAACAACAAAGAUGGGUUCUAUAGGGUUGGGGAGACAAUCUAGCGUUACGUGAUUGGGUUGCGAUUCUAUUUUUCUGUGUAAAUAUAAUGGUUGGCGGGGAAGUAUAUCAUAUAUGAUGUGCAGUAGUAUAGUUUGGUGAUGAUAAAUUUGAUAUAGUCCUAUGUUGAGCAAAAUUUUGGAUCACCUACUACAAGAAUGAGAUUUCGGGUGAAGUAUUAUCUUUCUGUUUAUCGAUUGGAUUAGUAUUGGGAAGAAUAUGAGCUAGUUUGCUAACUAUAACUUGAAGCAGUACAACAAUAGUUUUAGUCAUUGCUCUUGCAGUAGUAGGACUACAAUUUCGACAUAAUUGUAGGUGUAGUUAGAUGAUAAUUUCGAUCUAACAUGUUUCACCCGAUUUGAUUUUGCUGUUUAUGGACGGGUAAUACCUGUCUCGUAGGUGGAGUGAGCUUGGGUACUCUUCUCGAAUUGGCAUGCUGACAUGCUCUGACCGUCCAUUCUCGACUCAUUUUUACCUAGAUCACGUGUAAUUUUAUUCAAAUUACUUAUUCUUUUACUUUUACUACCUCAUAUCCUAACUAUAAUGAAAUUUUCAAUACGUG